AUGAUGGAAAACAACACUUAUUCCAUCAAAUACCCUAUAAGCAAGAAAGAUAAAUACGAUUUUCAAUUAACGAGUUUAUUUUUAGGAGGAGUCGAAAAAAAUGCAGACGAUUACGUUAAAAGUGCUAAAGUAUUGCGACUGGUUUAUUACUUUAACGACUAUUCGAAACUUGAAAGAAGCAAAGUGGAAAAAUGGCAAAAUCUGUUUUUAAAUCUUAUUGAAUCGAGUAAUUUUCAGUACAUAACCGUCGAUCGAUACACAUCGAUUACAAUUGAACAAGAGUUAUUAGCUGUCGUCAGACGAAUAUUUCCUCGAAUACCGAUUACAAUGUUAGCAAUAGCAAUCUUUUCAAUGCUGACCUGUUUGUAUAACAGUUGGAUCGAAAGCAAACCUUGGACUGGAAUAAUUGCGUUAAUAUCGGGAGGAAUGUCUUUGGCUUCGUCAUUUGGAUUGAUUAUGUAUUUUGAUACACCGUUUGUGGUUCCUGCUGGAACUGUACCCUUUUUAAUCAUAGUCAGACCCGUAAACCCCGCCAAGUCUCAACAAAUAUUGGACAGUCUACAAUCUCUGGUGGGCAUGUUUCGCCAUCCGCAGGAAUCCUUCACCAAAAUAACUUUAUUCCUGUAUUACACCAUUCUGAAACAGUGCAGAUUCGAUGUCUUGGCGGCUCGUGGUAAAAUAGUAGAAGCCGAAAAGCACAUCUCUAUUUUCUUUCUUCGAGAAUCAUCCAUGGCCCAGUCGAGUUUAAGCACGUCCUUCUCCAGCAUUUUUCGGCAAAGUUCGCCGGGAACUUCUCUUCUCGCUCCUUCCACGGGAUGCCUCCCGCCAUAUUACCACUACGUUCCGGAAAUGAGUAGCAGCGGCGUGGGAUCCAGGUUUCAGUUCGCCCCCAACGCCUACAACUGUCCUAGUCUAAUUCCGGAAUGGACUUCGGAUCAUACGACCACUACCGAACGCGACCAAACCGACAGCGAAAACUCCAAUUUGGGUUUGCCCGGUCUUAUAUACGGAAGUUUGCCCGUAAAUUACCAAGCGGCUUGUUCUUCCACUUCUUCCACCCUGGUGGCAAUCGAUAGGAGCAAUAACGUUCUCUCUCUGGAAACUUAAUGACUGAGAUGAAAGUGCCUUAAAUACGUUCGAGAAGAAAGGAAGCGUGUCAAAAGGGAGAUACAAGCUGUGAUAAAUAUAAUACGUGUUGUUAUUUCAUUGAUAUUAUCUUACGUUCAAAAUAAAAAAAAAAAAAGUAUAUAUGUAUUAACGAUUAGAAAAUUAAAAAG